GGGCGGCUCUGCUGGCUUGCAGCCGCAAACCCCUUCGGUGCUCUGCAGCGUCCACCCGGCUCUCUGCGCUUCAUCUCGCUCGCCGCAGCCUGCAUCUCGUCCGUCCAGAACGGCAUACCCAGCGCCUGGCGCUUGAACAUCCAAGUCGGCCGAACCCGCUGCAACUGACUGCUCGAGGGCCAGUUGUCCGUGGCCUCAUCCAGCGCAUAUCAGCGCAUCAGCGCAUCGGCAUAUCGGUCAUACCGGCAUCGACCACCCAUCCACAACCCUGGCUUCGACACAGCCCAAGAAGAAAGCGUCCCUGGUGUCGCUCGGGAAGGGCAACCGGGUUUCGGUCCAGGAAAGCCCCCCGGCGCCACUCAGCAAGGGCGACUCGUCUCCAAAGCUCUCUGGCCUGACCCGCUCGCUCUCGCUCAAGGGAAAGAACCCACCCACCAUCUCGAGUCCCGUCGCUGGCGGCCCUAUCAUGAGCACCUCUCCCGUCGGCUCGUCGCCAUCGCCUACUGGCAAGUCGGGAGCCGAGCUUCCGCAAGGCACCCCGACACCGACAUCUGCGACAUCGACCCAGACUCGGAUCAUCCAUGCGCCCGAUAUCCCUAUUCCCCCUGUCAGCGAAAUCGAGACGAUGCUUGAGUUACUCAUGGAGGACCUCAACCUGACAGAAGACAAGAAAAAGAUCCUCCGUGCCCUCACCAUCGAGCGCAAGUGGAUCAUGCUUCAACAGCACCUGGGAGAGCGAUACCGAGACGGCGCCAAUCGAGAAAUGGAGCACGAGAUCCAGGAGAUCAAACGUCUGAAAAACAAUCCCGAUAAAGAAAUGCUCACGAAUCUGGUCGUUUCGUUAAGAAGCAGGCCCAUCCGGUGGAUCAGCAACUUUAUCGACCACGGCGGUCUGGCCAUUCUCUUGGAGAACUUGAGCCAGCUGGAGAGCACGAAUCCAUCACACGACGAAUAUGAGGAGCUGUACAUCAAAUGUCUGAAGUCGCUAAUGAAUAACAAGAUUGGUCUUUGCGCUGUGCUCGAGUCCGACAACUCCCUGAACAUCAUUGCAUUUUCACUUCGAUCACCGUCGAUGAGGACGCGGUCUUUGGUGUUGGAGAUAUUCGGUGCUGUCUGUCUCAUUCCCGGCGGCCAUCGCAGCGUCCUGGACAGCAUGGAUGCGCUGUGCGAGGCGGCGGGAAUGCGCUUUCGAUUCGAAAUCGUGGUUUAUAGUCUUUGGCAGGCAUGUCAGGGCAUGGGUCCGCACGAAAAGGAGCUUCAGGUCAACAGCAUGUCGUUCAUCAACGCCGUCAUUUGCGGUGGCCCUGGUGUGAAUCUAGAGUUCCGCAUGCAUCUCCGAUUUGAGUUUUUCCAGCUUGGACUCUUACAGCUGAUCGAUAAAAUUUUGGAUGUCGAGAACGAUCUAUUGCAGACGCAGAUCGAUGUCUGGAUCGACAAUCUUGAGCUCGACGAAACCGAGCUGCGAAAGCGUAUGGAUGUCGAAAGCCUGGAUCUGAACGACAUGGAGGCAGUCAGCGAGACUCUCUACCAGAGCGUCAAGUUUACGGCCAGCGCCACGUCGUAUGAAAGCAUACUGCGACACAUGCUGCUGCUUCCUGCAACGCCGAUCGAGAGAAUGAAAAUCAUGAACAUUGUCGACAAGGUCGUGCGUCAGAUUGUCAUCCAAAGAGAAGGAGAAGACCCGGAUCCCGGCGCAGCUUUGGCUGAGCUCGAUGUCCGUAGCCUGAUGAAUCAUCUCAUGGAGACCGACAAGGAUAAGGAGCACGAGGAACGGUACAAGCGCCAGGUCGACAAAUCCAAGCGACUCGAGAAAGAAGUCGAAUCGCUGCGAUCGGAGAUGGACAAACGCAAAGUUGUCAGCAACACCGGCGAUGUGGUGCAGCACCUCACUGCAAACAGCAAGCUGGACAUUGUGCAACUUGAGAUCCUCCUGACCGAAAGACUGCUCAAGUCCGGUGGGGCCAGUGCCAUGGAGAUGCUCUCGCGUGUACAGAAGGCUCUGAAUGAAUCCAACCCGGACGCUCCACGCCCGCUUUCAGUUCACACUGGAGCAGCCCCGCCGCCACCACCGCCACCACCAGGCUUCGGCGGCCCGCCUCCCCCUCCGCCUCCACCAGGCUUUGGUGGCCCUCCUCCUCCACCUCCGCCUCCAGGCUUCGGUGGUCCUCCACCUCCGCCUCCGCCUCCAGGCUUCGGCGGUCCGCCUCCACCACCACCCCCUCCAGGCUUCGGUGGCCCGCCUCCCCCUCCCCCUCCGCCAGGCUUCGGUGGACCACCUCCUCCACCCCCGCCUCCAGGAUUCGGAGGACCUCCGCCCCCGCCUCCGCCUCCAGGUUUUGGUGGUCCACCACCACCUCCGCCUCCCCCAGGUGCUGGUGGCCCUCCUCCGCCACCGCCGAUGCCAGGAAUGGGUGGCCCUCCGCCUCCACCACCCCCAGGAUUCGGUCGACCUCCUGGGCCACCAGGACCCCCUCCACCUCCUGGUCCACCGGGCGCCCCAGGUGCGCCGCCCCCGCCCGGAUUUGCAGCCCCUGCGGCGUACAGACCGGCAAUGCCGGCGGCUUCGCAGGGGAAAAAGCUGAACCUCAGCAGCAAGCCACUCAAGUCUUUGAACUGGACCAAACUUCCGCCCAACAAGGUCCAGGGCACGAUCUGGUCAGCCCUGGACGACCAGGUUGUGCACGACACCAUGAAGGAUACCUACAACGAGUUUGAGGAGCUCUUUGCAGCCAAGGAGAUCAAAGUCAAGGAAAAGGAAGCAUCUCGCGAGAGCGUUGCCACCAAGCAGAUCACAUUCUUGGAUCCAAAGCGCUCGCAGAACAUCAAUAUCAUGCUCAAAGCCAUCAAGCUCAAUGCGUCCACUGUCAAGGCAGCUUUGCUGGAGUGUGACACCGAGAUCCUGCAGCGGCAUAUUCUGGUGGAGCUGCUCAAGUUUAUCCCGACCGACGAGGAGCUGGCUGCGAUCAAGCAGUACGAAAAAGAGGCCGAGAACCUCGCCAGCGCUGAGUUUUUCUUGUACGAAAUGUCAUCGAUCUCAAGAUACGGCGAGCGUCUGAAGGCACUGACCUUCAUGACGGCGUAUGAGGAGUACAUCGACGACGUCGAGAACUUGAUCGCCUGGCUCAAGAACGCCAGCGAGGAUGUCCGAGAUAGCGCAAAGUUCAAGGAGCUCCUGCGAAUCAUUCUGGCACUUGGAAAUUACCUGAACGCCGGUCAGAGAGGCGGCGCAUACGGCUUCAAGCUCGGCAGUAUCCUGAAGCUCGGCGAUACCAAGUCCACCAUAUCGAAUCGCAAGCACACCCUUCUUCACUAUCUUACAGAGCUGGUUGAGAAGAAGUUCCCGACCGCCACCGGAUUCGAGAAAGAGCUCGAGCAUGUCCAGGAUGGAUCAAAGGUCACGAUCCCUGCGAUUCGACAGCUGCUCAAGACCGUCAAGGACGAGCUCAAGAGCAUCGAGACCCUCAUCGAAAAGCUCAAGGGCGAGGGAGGUGCAAAACCAGCGGUGGCCUCCAAGAGCAAUGCGCCUCUUUCGCCCGACUCCGAUGCUCGUUCACCGACGCCCAAGCCCCUGUCGUUUGUCGAGAUCAUCCAGCAGUUCUACGACAAGGCCGUCAAAACCCUGGAGCUGCUGGACGAAAAGUUCAAGGCGGCCGAGGAAACCUACAACGAAGUUGUGGUCAGGUACGGCGAGGACCCUAAGACGAUGAAUCCGGAUGAGUUCUUUGCCAUUUUCGCUCGCUUCGCUGAGGCGUACAAGCAAGCCAAGAUCGACAACCAGGUUGCCAUCGCCAAGGCUCUCGAGCUCGAGAAGCGGGAGAAGGAAAAACAGGCACAAGCUGAGCGGAGACGCAACAAGAAGCGCGAGAACCUCUCGACCAAGACCAACACCACCGAGGUGGCGGCUGUUGAGCAAGAUCAAGGCGGACUGGACGAUUUGAUCUCAGCAAUCCGCACAGGAAAGGCGUUUGCCUCGCAAGAUUCGACGCCGGCCAAUCGCCAGCGACACCGUAAGGAAUCGAGCAGCCUCAUGAACCAGCCCUCAAAGCAAGCCGCUGACGAGACCAAGGCCGGCGGCGAUCGGGACGGCAGCGCAGUAAAGAAGGACACGCACCAUGAUACAAAUGGCAAGGGCCCCAAGACAAGCGACAGCAGCCAUCCGGGCCCCAGCCCAAGCGACAAGCGUGACCAGAACGGAUUCAAGAGCGACAAGAAGGAACUCUCCUCCAAGAGUAGCAAGGAUAGUCUGAACGACAAGAAGGAGGUCACUCACAAGAGCAGCAAGGACAGCCUAGGACACAAAAUCACCAAGCGUGAGAGCAAGGAGCUGGCCAAGCGCGAGAGCAAGGAGAUGUCCAAGCUCAACGACUCCAAGAAAUGAGGGACACGUCCUUGGCUCCUCAUGGCUGUGGCCGAAGACUCUUUCUGUCUCUGGUCUGUUACGGCCGGUGCAGUGCUUGUACCAUCCUGCAUCCUCUAUCCACCUCUUGCCAGGUACCACCCCCACACUCUCGCUGUACGAAGCACGCAGCGCUCGUUCGCGAGCCUUUUCUAUUCAUCAGCCAUGAGCCUGGCCUUCGACAGAAAGCACACAGACCGAAUCACAACACGCCUUUCAUAUUCCCGGGGCCAUCAAU